GUGUGUGUAUAGUGGCAGCUGCACUGAGUGGGAGUGGUGAGUAAGACUGGGAGUGGCUCAUUCUGAAGCUUUCUGUGCUGCCUUUCAGAGGAUUUACUUAUUCAUUAUUCUCAGGGAGCACUGUACCACUAGCAGCCUCAGAGCUCUUCAGCGCUUUAGAGUACAAGCUGUGACCGUUGGGUGGAAGACUUGGACUCCUGUUAGUAACCCCUGGCUUUAAAUUCUACAAGGACUGCUCUUUAAUCUUGCCAGCCCAGCUGGCUGCGUGUGCGUGAGUAGAUAUGGACGGCUGGAAGUACUGUUUUAAGAGUUAACAGGAAGGAAAGCUUGGACCCUCCUUCGUCUCCUACCAAGGACCCAGUUGCUGUUCCAGUUCUUAUCAGCACCCCAGAUCAGAAUCGGCAGUGGGUGAAGCUGGAAAGCAUCAGCUUAUCAGUGCUGGUCGCGUGGCUUCUUUGUGUACAACAGCUGCUGUUGAAUGCAUGGGCAAAUACAGAGGCUCAGCACUGGCCAGUUAAACACAGAACUAAGGAACACAGGAAAUACAUGUACCUCUACCUUUUUUAAACGAGAUUUAAACUACACAAUCCCCAGGGUUACUUCUGUGCAUUGCUUAUCCCCAAUUGAGUUAGCACUAAGUGGAUGUAAAGAACCCCAUAAUACUCAGUGAUUCAUUACUAAAGGGUUGUAAUAGUUUAUUAAAAAAAACCACCAUGGAUGUACGUUUUUAUCCAGCUGCUGCUGGCAACACUAUUCCUGGAGAUCCUUCCAACCUGGACCUCUCCCAAUGCUUGGGCUACUACAGCUACAACAAGUUUGCAGGAAACAAUAACUAUAUGAACAUGGCAGAUCCAAGUCAUGCUUUUUCAACGAGUAAUGAGAUUUCUGGCUUUGCAGUCCAUCCAUGUCCAAGUGAUAUAUCCACCUUCAAACCUUCCAGGACCUUCUCAUUAGUACUACACUCACCUCUGCCUCCUGACUCUCUUGAGGUUCUGACAUUCCACACUCCGAGCCUUGGUGAUGAAGAGUUUGAGAUUCCACCCAUAACCCCACCACCAGAAACAGACCCCACCCUGGGGCUAACCGAUGUGGUGUCAGGUUUCCAAGGCCUUAAUGAUCCAUUGCCGUCACAAGGAAAUGAAUUCACACCCCAUUUCCCCCCACAAAGUCUGGAACUGCCUUCGAUCACAAUAUCCAGAAGUAUUCUGGACCAAGAUGGUGGACUCCUCAGCAAUGGUUUGUCUGUGGACCUGGGACAAGCUCAAGUUCCCCAGUACCACCAUAAUCCGAGCAUGGGUAUGCGGUCUGUUGUUCACAUGGCUGAUGUUAACCAAGCAGGAAUGAUUCAACAUAAUCAGUUGACCACCAUUAACCAAUCACAGCUGAGCGCACAAUUGGGAUUGAAUUUGGGAGGUGGUAAUGUGCCCCAUAAUUCACCCUCACCCCCUGCCAGCAAGUCAGCAACUCCAUCCCCUUCCAGCUCAGUAAAUGACGAUGAUGCUGAGGAAUUCAACAGGGUGAGUGUUGAGAAACGAGCUGCAGUCGAUUCAGGAAAAAAACCCAAGACACCAAAGAAGAAGAAGAAGAAAGAUCCUAAUGAGCCCCAAAAACCUGUAUCAGCCUAUGCUCUUUUCUUCAGGGACACGCAAGCUGCCAUUAAAGGACAAAACCCCAAUGCCACAUUUGGCGAAGUUUCCAAAAUUGUAGCAUCUAUGUGGGACAGUCUAGGAGAGGAACAAAAACAGGUAUACAAAAGAAAGACAGAAGCCGCUAAAAAGGAAUAUCUGAAAGCGCUUGCUGCAUACCGGGCCAGCCUUGUUUCAAAGGCUGCUGCAGAAUCAGCUGAAGCACAGACCAUGCGUUCUGUUCAGCAGACUUUAGCAUCAACUAGUCUUUCAACUUCCCUUCUUAUGAAUCCAUCACUUUCCCAACAUGCAUCUGUCUCAGCAUCAACCCAGACACUGCCAAGAGCAAUAGCCCCCAAACCAAUGCGGUUGCCCUUGCAAGGCAGUCAGCUGGUGGCAUCCGUUACCAUAGCGCCAAACAUGUCAACAAAUAUUGCUGCACCUAUGGGCACCACUAUGGUCCCCACUCCACCUUCACCCCAGCUGAGCCCUCCAUUGCAGCCUCAGCAGCACCAGAUACAACAAAUGCAGCAGCAUCAAUUGCAACACUUUCAGCAGCAUCAAAUGCAGCAACAACUACAACAGCAAAUGCAGCACCAGCAAAUUCAGCAUCAGCACCAAAUACAGCAGCAUCAAAUGCAGCAACAUCAGAUGCACCAUCAAAUGCACCAACAGCAGCUUCAGCAGCACAUCCAGCAGCAGCUACAGCAGCAGUUGCAACAACAGCAGAUUCAGCAGCAGUUACAGCAGAUGCAGUUACAGCACAUGCAGAAACAGCAAAUCCAGCAGCUGCAACAGCAGCAUCCACCUCAGCACUCGCCACCUCAGCAUUCCCCUGUUGCCUCACAGUCAGUGGUGGCCUCACAGAUCACUUCGCCAGUGCCCACACGAUCAAGUCCACAGCCAGCUCAGCAACAACAAUCUCCACUACAAACCCAGGCCCAGACCCAGGUAUUGCCACAGACCUUUUCACCACCUCCGCCUGAAGUCCAGCCUAUCAUCAGCUCUCCCCCACCAGCUCCUGUGGGUGCUACCACUCCAAUACGAUGCAUGAGGACUGGCUGCACAAAUCCACCAACCCAGAGCGUGGAGUGGGAUAAUGAAUACUGUAGCAGCGAGUGUGUAGUUAACCACUGCAGGGAUAUCUUCAUGGCGUGGGUUGCCUCUCGUAAUCAGAGCUGUACUGCUUCUGUGAAGUGAAGAUUUGCCAUCGACGUUUUGCAGCCAAAACUCUGCAUUUGUCAGACAGACUGCCAAGAAGAUGUUCUGAAAGGCAGGCUGUGACAUGCUUUGUUUCCUUGUAACUACAUGGGCACAGACUUCAGAAGGCUUUCCAGUGACAGGCUGUACAGACUUUCUUUAGGCCCACCUGCCAUUUCUGCCAGUGCCUGGAGAGCUAGCCAUUUUACAUUGUGUAAUGUAGCUUCAGAUGAUUAUUUUGUUUGACAUGAACUUAAAGGGCAUGGCUUUUAGUAAAUGACAUGCCUCUGCAUGAUUGCUGAAGACUUUGAGAAGACUCAGAUGGAAAAACGACCUAUCUUCUCUGACAGUGAUGUCAUUGUGUCCAGUUGAGACUUAAGAUACUGAGUGAAGCGUAUUACUUAAAUGGAAUGCUAACUACAAUUUUCUUCACAAUAAAACAAUUGCUUUUUGAUGGGUUAAAGGAGAGUUAAGUUGUUUUGCUCAAUAAUUGUUUCCAUUCUACAAAUUGUACACCACGAUCAAGUUUAAGAAUGUUGGUUUCUCAGAUGUAAUUAUUUUCUAAGUUCUUAAGAAACCAGGUUCAUUAUGUAAUAAGCUGUCAUGUGACACUUGUAUAAUAACACCUUUUCCACUGGUAGUAUCAUUUAUUUGUUCUGCAACCAAAAAGAGUUAUUUUACUAUGUACUGUAUUGUAGGAAUUGCUUUUUGUAUGGCAAUUUCUUAGCAUAGUGUGCUCAAUUUAACUGUGCCUCCUUUAAAGGAGGCUUCUGUGUAUAAGGCCAAAUGCUUUAAAAAAGCUCCUCUUUAAUGCAGUAGUCAAGUUAGAGAUGGCUAGCGAAAUAGCCUGUAAACCAAAAUCAAUCAUGUUUAAUAUUUUUACUUCGGUUUGUAUUUAAUUUUUUUGUAUUAAAAUUUGUGAUCUUAUUUAAGAUUUAAUUAUUGAAAAGCGAUAGUUGGAGUAUUAUUGAUCGACCUUUCAGUGGAGUGUACUUGUUUCUUCACCCAGAAACAAAUGUUUUCUUUCUCUCUUGUAACUGAUCUUUUAAUUUCUUUUAUUUUGACUGUAAUA